GGGGCGGGGCCUUGCGAGGCGGCAGGGGGCGUGGCCAGGCGGAAGCUAAACUGCCCGCUGCCCUGAGGACAGCGGUCAGUGGGGCUCAGGAUGAAGCGCCUGCAGGUCGUGCUCGGUCAUCUGUCGGCCCGCCAGGAUCCGGGCUCGGCCCUAGGCCUUCAGGCCGCCCCAUGUUCCGGCUACAUUCCCGCAGCGUCCCCCAGGGCGUCCGCCGACGACAUCGUGGUGGUGCACGGGCGGCGCACGGCCAUCGGCAAGGCCGGGCGCGGUGGCUUCAAGGACACGACGCCGGACGAGCUGCUGUCCGCCGUGAUGACUGCCGUGCUGCAGGACGUGGGCCUGCCGCCCGAGGAGCUGGGCGACAUCUGCGUGGGGAACGUGCUGCAGCCAGGGGCUGGUUCUGUGGUGGCCAGAAUUGCCCAGUUUCUAAGUGACAUCCCAGAGACUGUACCUUCGUGUGUUGUCAACAGGCAGUGCUCCUCGGGGCUUCAGGCUUUGAUGAACAUCGCAGGUGGAAUCCGCCAGGGCUCUUACGACAUUGGCCUGGCCUGUGGGGUGGAGUCCAUGUCCAUGGCCACCCGAGGGAACCCUGGCAACAUCACUUCCCGCCUGGUGGAGAACAGUAAAGCCAGAGACUGUCUGAUCCCCAUGGGGAUUACGUCGGAAAAUGUGGCAGAGCGAUUCGGCAUCACCCGGGAGAAGCAGGACACCUUUGCUUUGGCUUCACAGAGGAAGGCAGCCAGGGCCCAGAGCCAGGGGUAUUUCCAGGCUGAGAUUGUGCCUGUGACGACCACCGUCCAAGACAAGGCGGGCAAGGUGAAGACCGUCACCGUGUCCCAGGAUGAAGGCAUCCGACCCACCACCAUGGAAGGCCUCGCCAAGUUGAAGCCAGCCUUCAAAGAAGAUGGGUCCACUACUGCUGGAAACUCCAGCCAAGUGAGCGAUGGAGCUGCUGCCGUCCUGCUGGCUCGCAGGGCCAGAGCUGAGCAGCUGGGCCUCCCCAUCUUUGGCAUCCUGAGGGCCUACGCUGUGGUAGGUGUGCCCCCCGACAUCAUGGGCAUUGGCCCUGCCUAUGCCAUCCCCGCAGCACUGCAAAAAGCAGGGCUAACUGUGAAGGAUGUGGACAUCUUUGAGAUCAACGAGGCCUUUGCCAGUCAGGCUUCUUACUGUGUGGAGAAGCUGGGGAUCCCUGCAGAGAAGGUGAACCCCCUUGGGGGAGCCAUCGCCUUGGGGCACCCCCUGGGAUGCACAGGGGCCCGCCAGGUCAUCACACUUCUCAAUGAGCUGAAACGCCGGGGGAAGAGGGCUUAUGGUGUGGUGUCCAUGUGUAUCGGCACUGGAAUGGGAGCCGCUGCGGUCUUUGAGUACCCAGGGCCCUGAGGGCUUGGCUCCAGGGGAGGGAGGAGUCCUUGGGGGCACAGUCAGAGCCCUGGGGAGCCAGGCACACCUGCGGGGCCAGGGGCUCUGGGCAGGGGGCUGGCCCCUGGCCUCCUCACGCCCUCCUCCCUCUCCUUCCCAUCCUUCUUCUCUGGGAACAGACCUGAAGCAGCUGUUUCUUCAGGGGGUGCACCCACGCGCCCCCCCCCUCUCGUGCCUUUUUAAAAGAAAUGUUCUCUUGCAUAAAUAACUAAAAUUGUAGCCAGUGAAUGGCCUGUUCACUGGCCUGUGGCUUAAUCCAGGCUUUCACCUCUGUCCCCCAGCCAGCCGAGGGUUUCUGGCCAGGACCCAUCGUCUUCAUGUUCUAGACUGGGCUGGAGUGGGCAGGGAAGGGGGCAUCCAGGUGUUGGGGCGCACUGUGUCUUUGAAAUCUCUUUAAUCAGAACAAUAAACACUGAUGACUAAUCUCAG